GGAAGUACAGUGAUGUCACUUCCGUUGCGCGAAGCUAAACUUUGGCGCCACAUUUUGAGAACUGGGAGAGACCGAGGAAAGACCAUCAAAAAGAGGGCUUCAAACAUUGAAGCAGAAGAUGAACGUCAGCUAACAGUAUUAGAGAAAUCAACAAUCUCCUGGUUGUGGAGCUGUAGAGUCGUUAAAGACUAAGCAAACUAUGCUCUGUUCGGAGCGGUGUCGUCAAGUGAUUCCGGUGAGGUGAGCCCUCCGGGGACGAGACACCGCUGUUGGGUGAGCUGAAAGGUAUCGCUGAUAAACGGCUCGUGUAACGUUACCUCGCGGAUAAAUACACGCGCCUCCGGUGGUUUAAUCUGCCACCAUGAACAGGACCCAACUGAAGAAAACCAAGACACCUGGCCUGCCGGGUCAGAAGAACAUCUCGUCCUUCUUUUCCUCUCAAAACCAUCAGAAGGCCUUGUCGUCUUCAACAAAAUUCACUGGAGCUGCACUUGCCAGGACUGAACCUCUGAUCAAAGAUGGUGAAACCUCUGCAUUCAGACCCCAUUCCCCCUUAAAGAGGAGUGUCCUUGGGGACCUGGAAAACGUCCUGCUCUCCUCGCCUGAUCUUCUCUGUGUGCCGGAGACCCCCAGCAGUCAGAUCAGGCUGGCUUCCCCUUCUUCUUCCAGAAAUCCAGGUCGACUGAGCCCCCAGCCCAGCAGAGAGGUGGCGAGCUUGGUUGAGCUCGGCCAACUUUCCCCCAUCUGUCGCAGUCCCCGCUCCAAAGGGCAGAGUGCACGGAGAGUUAUGACCGAGGAGGGAAGAAGAACCAAGUGGGAAGAGGGAUGUUCUGGCUCCGUUAAAAGAGUCAUCAGCCCACCUCAAGAGUCUCACAACGCUAAGAGACCAAGAAAUGUAAAUAUACUGGCACAAAGAACUGCGCUCAGCUCCACAGGUAGAAAUGUGAAAGUAGCGGGGCCUGUGAUUGCCAUUUUGAAGACAUCUCGUGUUUCAAGGGACACGUCAGAGGGUCAGUUUGAGAGGUCAGAGAGUCACAGCAGAGGUACUGAAGUGGUCUUCAAUGACAACAACAACUAUUUUGGGGAACAGGGAAAACAUCAGAAUAAGAUAAAUGAACAUGAGACAGAUUCUGUUUUUACUGUAAUAACAGAGCAAAAGGCAACUGAGGUGAAGCACACUCACCCUCUCAUUGCUCACAUGCACAGACCUAGUGCUCAAAUUAUCACACCUGCAACGAAGACAAGUGCAAAGGGGGGAGAGAUUGACCGUAACAAUGCCGGAGCUACAGUAACAGCAAUGACCUCAUUGAAUGAAGAUGGACACAAUGUGACCUCUUCGGAUCAGGACCGAGCUCCAGAAAAAACAGGAAUUACGUCAUUGUGUCCUGUGGAGGACAUGUUGGACGAGAGCUGGUUUGCAGAGCAGAUGGAUCAUAGUGAAGGUCUCGUCAAAGAUGAUAAAUCAAAAAAACUCUGUAAGGUGCCAGACCAUGUGAUCCUUUCUGGAGGCCUAAACAACCGCUACUGGGUUUUAGAUGUGGAUGAGCGGCCUGGCCUCAAAACACUGACCGUCUCAUGCUCCAAAUCUCUCCAUCCAACGGAAACGUGUCUGUUGAAAGAUGGAUGGGACAUGACGCCUGUUUGUUGUGGCGAUGUGGUGCAUCUAGAGGGCUGCUCUGAUGGUGGCUCCUGGGUGGUGGGCAGGGAGCAGGGCUUCCUGGUUUUACUACCCGAUAGUCUUAUUUCUGGUACCAGCAUCUCAAACUCCAUCCGUUGCAUGAGACGUGCAGUACUGGGAGAUAUGUUCAAGAGUUUUGAUGGGGGCUCGAAGCAAAUGCUGAACGGCACCAUGGUCCAUGAAGUAUUUCAGAGAGCAGCUACAGCCAAAGAUUUUUCUUUGGAGACACUGUCUAAGAUGGCUGACCAAGCCCUGUGCCGUCCUCAGUACCUGGGAGACAUGUACAGUUUGGGUGUAAGCCAGGAAGAGAUGAAGCAGGAACUGCAUGAUUAUCUGCCAGCGCUGGAACAUUGGGCAAAGGAGUACCUGAGCUCCACAACACCAAAAGGCAUCAGCUUAAAAAUAUGUCAGGACUCGACAACUGUUGUCACGGUAGCAGAGCUGGCAGAUAUAGAAGAGAAUGUGUGGUCCCCGAGAUUUGGUCUGAAAGGGAAAAUCGAUGUAACGGCGCGUGUUCAAAUUCAAAAGCCACGAAGCGGCAGUCACAGAACGUCGGAGGAGAGGACUGUACCCCUGGAGUUGAAAACUGGAAAGGAGUCAAACUCGAUAGAACAUCGCAGUCAGGUGAUUCUUUACACUCUGAUGAGCUCAGAGAGAUACCAUUCUGAAGCUGGCCUCCUGCUUUACCUCAAGACUGGCAACCUGCACCCUGUAGUGGCCAGCCACAUGGACCGCAGAGAGCUGCUGAAGCUGAGGAACACCCUGGUCCAUCACAUUCACAACUGUGUGGAGAAAGAAGCCAAGCGGAGCCGUUUGUCUAAACUUCCUGACAUCCUGACAAACAGACAAACUUGCCAGUAUUGUCCUCAGAAGAGAAACUGUGCUUUAUAUGAGAGGGCGGUCGAUGGCAGCUCUGCAGACGACUGCGAGGAUGUUGUGCGUGACUUCCUACAGCAGGAGACGGGUCAUCUGAUCCCACCACAACUAAGCUAUUUCUCUCAUUGGCUCCUGCUCUGCGGCCUUGAGGCUACCAGCAUGGAGGCCAAGAAUGGCCGAAAGCGUGUGUGGCUUCAGACGGCUGAGGAGAGUGAGAAGAAUGGGAGCUGUGUGGGGAAUGUGCAGCUCAGUGGGCCAGUGACCGUGCAGUCUGAUGGGGUUUUCCUCCAUCGUUUCCAGCGAAGCAGCAUGGUGCCACAGGAGGGUUUGGCCAGCAGCGGUUUGGCUAGUGGGGAUCGCAUAGUUGUCAGCGACCAGAAAGGUAAACUGGUUGGUUUGGCAACAGGAUACCUGUGUGAGGUCAGCAAGACAUCGAUCAGCUGCACACUGGACAGAGACCUGUCCAAGUUCAGUGGUGUGUUGUUUCGAUUGGAUGGCGAUGAAGGUGUGGUGGGCCUCAGCACUCACCUCACCAAUCUCUCCAGGCUGAUGGAAAACUCUCAGGACAGUGAUCGUCUGAGGGAACUGGUUGUUGACCUUCGUCCUCCAGAGUUUAUUUACAACCUCAGUUCUGUUCUGCCAAGAGAGGCCAAGGACACUGUGGCCAAUAUCCUCAAAGGUCUCAACAAACCCCAGAAGCAGGCCAUGAAGAAGGUGUUGUUAUCUAAAGACUACACACUGAUUGUUGGCAUGCCAGGCACGGGCAAAACCACAACCAUCUGCACCCUGGUUCGCAUCCUUCACGCAUGUGGGUUCAGCGUGUUGCUGACCAGCUACACCCACUCUGCUGUUGACAACAUCCUGCUGAAGCUAAAGCGCUUCCGGGUUGGGUUUCUGCGUCUUGGGCAGGGGCAGAAGGUUCAUCCAGACAUCCUGCCCUACACAGAGGAAAGUGCCAGAAAGAAGGGAGUUCACACUCUGUCAGAGUUGGAACAGCUUUAUAACAAGGAGCUGACAGUGGCAACCACCUGUAUGGGCAUCAAGCAUCCCAUUUUCACACGUCGCCGGUUUGAUUUCUGCAUCAUAGAUGAAGCUUCACAGAUCAGCCAGCCUAUCUGUCUGGGACCCCUGUUCUAUGCCAAGAGAUUUGUCCUGGUUGGAGAUCACCAACAGCUGCCACCAAUAGUACAAAAUCAGGAGGCGAGGUCACUUGGGAUGGACGAAAGUCUUUUUAAGCGUCUCGAGCUCCACAGUGAAGCAGUGGUCCAACUUAAUGUACAGUACCGGAUGAAUAGGCAGAUAAUGUCUCUCAGUAACUCCCUGAUGUAUGAGGGCCGGCUUGAGUGUGGAUCAGAGAGGACGGCCACAGCCCUGCUCUCCCUGCCCUUCCUGCUCUCUGUCCAGUCGGAGCUUAGUUCCUACUCCAAGUCUCAUCCACAGCACGACCUGGCUUGGAUUCAUGCCACAUUGUUGCCCAGCAGCCCUGUUUGCUUCCUAGAUUGCUCCAUGGUGCCAGCACUGGAGUCUGUGGAGAAGGGAGGCAUUAGCAAUCACACCGAGGCUGCUCUCAUUCACAGGUUGCUUUCACUGCUGAUUAAGGCAGGGUGUAAGCCCAGUGAUAUAGGAGUUAUCGCCCCCUACAGGCAGCAGUUAAAGAGUAUCUCUGCUCUGCUGCAGUCCUCUGCUUUCACCGGUGUGGAGGUGAAUACAGUGGACAGAUACCAAGGACGGGACAAAAGUCUGAUCGUUUUUUCUUUUGUCAGGAGCACUGCAGAGGAAGGAAAUUUAGGAGAGCUGUUGAAGGACUGGCGUCGCCUCAAUGUAGCCAUUACCAGGGCUAAACACAAGCUGCUGAUGGUGGGGUCCAUCACAACGCUACGACGCUACGCACCUGUGGAGAAACUACUCAACCACCUGCAGCAAGAGAACAUGAUUAUCCAACUCCCGGCAGCUGCCCACAAGGACUUACCAAGCAUGUUCCUGUGAUGGAGUCUAUGGAGCCGCUGGUGUUUCAGGUCACCUGUCUGUCUCAGCAGCAGAGCAGCCAGCAGCUGUGGAUCACCUCAUCAGGGCAGAGAGUAUAUGCCAAUCUGCAAACUGGAUGAUCUGAAGGGUGGGAUCAGAAGUCCUUGCUCUCUUGUCCAUCUUUGAACAAAAUAAUAUUGCUCAAAGUGUCUCUGUGGUAUUUGCAGCCUACAGUCAUCUCCUGGUGAAGCCCCACCUUAUGAUUAUUUUGUGUACAUCCUCACAAGGAUUUGAUGGCCUGUAAUUGGAGAUACAGAUUAUACUAUAAGACACCUAAAGAACCUGAAGAACUUUAGAAGGGACACUGUCUCUGAUAUGUACCACACUAGGUAAGUGUUUUAAUAGACUGAUUUUAAUUAUUUUCCUUUUGACCCAUUAUCUCUUAAUUUAAUCUCCAGACAACCUUAACAAGCUUUGUUGGAGAUUUUUAGGCCACAGCUGCAAGUCUUUGAUCAAUUAUAAAUACAACCCAUUUAAUUUACAGUUUCAAAAGUAGCAAUAGUUAAUGUCUAUGUGGUGAAACAAGGUACUAGACACUGAACAGCUAUAACAUUUGCACACAGAAUUGUACUGUAUCCUGUCUCUGGUGGAUUAUGGUCCUGUGCAUCAAACCUCAACUAGGAAUAUACUAAACUAUGGUACUUUUGAUCAAAUACCUCUAUCAAUACACUACUUUCUCUAAGCAUUUACACACACCCAACACAGAAAGUCACUGAAUGUGAAUAUGGAGAAACAAACCUGUUUAAUAGUUCUUGUCACUCAGCUACAGCAGUCGGAUAAGCUCAGGAACGUCUAUCAGGCUGAAAUUGUCUUCAACCUUUAGACUUCAAACUGAAAGGUUACAGUACAUUUAAUUGAUUUUUAUGGAUCAAACCAUCACAGUUGGUGAUUGUUGUCAUGUUUCAUUUCUUGUUUAGUGGCUCAACUGUACAUCACUGGACUUCAUACAUACUUGAAAUGUACUGUAUGUUGCUGCAAUAUAGAAAUAUUGCGUCAGUACUGUAUUAAUCUGAAUGGACCACACUGACCUAAAGUACAUAAUUGAAACCACUGAUAUAUAAAUAAUCAGUUUUUCUUUAUUCUUCAGUUAACAUAAUACCGUUGGUAACAGAAAAAGCUAAAACCAAACAGAGCAAACGUUAAGCUGUACAGAGAUGGAAUGAUUAUAACGGAAGCUACCUGGCAUGUUAACCUGUUAAAACUCUAGGAAAACACAAUUUAGGAGGAAAUUAUUCUGCUCUAAUGUAAUUUAAUACUGAUAAUCUGUGAUAAUUUAACUCGUGAUUACGUUUUUAAUUAUUAGUACAUGUUGGCAAACUGAUACAACCUCUGAUUUGACUUGUUUUGUGUGUAUUUUGUUCAUACUUUUGCGAUAUGAAAAUAAAUAAUACCAAUACUA